UGAUGUAUGAACGUGAUGACCUGGAGCACUGUUCUCUUCCGCCUCCGUGAGGCGUUCAGGAACACCCGGACUUUAAACAUCCAGGUUGCUAAAGUACUCCACUUCCUCAAACUGCAGAUAGUUUGUUUUGGUGCUUUGGAUCUGCGACGGAGCAGCGGCUUGGUUCCGAUUCGGCCCAGAGUGGGGACCAUGGUGUUUGAGGACAUCCAGUACGAUGAUAUCCUGUUCGAAGCGGCUGUGGGCAGAGGGACCUUCGGUGUGGUCUUCAAGGCUGUUUGGAGAGGAAAAGAUGUGGCCAUCAAGACCAUCGAGAGCGACGCAGAGAGGAACGCCUUUCUGGUGGAGCUCCGGCAGCUUUCCCGGGUCAGUCAUCCCAACAUUGUGAAGCUGUACGGCUCCUGUGACGACCCGGUUUGUCUGGUGAUGGAGUACGCAGAAUGUGGCUCUUUAUACAACCUCCUGCACAGCGCCGACCCGCUGCCUCACUACACGGCCGCCCACGCCAUGAGCUGGUGCCUGCAGUGCGCGGAGGGCGUGGCCUACCUGCACAACAUGAAGCCCAAAGCUCUGAUCCACAGAGACCUCAAACCGCCAAAUCUGUUGCUCGUUGCUCGGGGAACUGUGCUGAAGAUCUGUGACUUUGGAACAGCGUGCGACAUCCAGACCUGCAUGACCAACAACAAGGGCAGCGCCGCCUGGAUGGCUCCCGAGGUGUUUGAAGGGAGUAACUACAGCGAGAAGUGUGACGUGUUCAGCUGGAGCAUCAUCCUCUGGGAGGUCAUCACCCGCAGGAAGCCCUUCGAGGAGAUCGGUGGAUCGGCGUUCUGCAUCAUGUGGGCGGUGCACAGAGGAACUCGUCCUCCUCUGAUCAAGGAUCUUCCUGAACCCAUCGAGACACUAAUGACCCGCUGCUGGGACAAAGAGCCUAGUCAAAGGCCGUCUAUGAGCGAGAUCCGGGACACCAUGAGCAGCUUGAUGAAGUACUUCCCAGGUUCUGAUGAGCCCCUCAAUCUUCCUCACCAGUCUUCAUCAUCCAACAGAAGUGGCUCCUCAUCCGCAACAAGCACAGGCUCGUGUGCCGAUGGAACCAUUCACAGCAAACACAGAUCUGCAUCUGGUGGCGAGGAAACGCUGCAGAGCUCUGAGAACAGAAACCCGCCGCAGGUCAGAACUCCAAAGGCUGCGUCACGAUGGGCCGCUGUCUCCAGAACCUCCAGCUUGGAGAGUCAAAGCCCCGCCCACUUCAGCAGCUCUGUCAACACCUGCAGCCAAUCAGAGCUGAGGAUGACCAUUAGCCCGACAGGUACCGAGGGAUCAGAAAGCCCGGUUCCCUCCGUCUACCAGAAAUUGGACCAUCAGUUACAGCCUUUGGCUCCUUGUCCAAACUCCCGGGAGUCCAUGACUGUGUUUGAGCAGCACAUUCGAAUGGCUCAGGAGUAUCUGAGAGUCCAAUCCGAGAUCGCACACCUUCUGAACAGGAAAGAGGAGCUCAUAACGGAGCUGGAGCAGGAGCAGAAGGAGCAGCAGACCUCUUCACGCCUCAUCCAGGAACACAACAAGCUGCUGGAGGACAACAGCAGCCUGUCAGCCGUCUGCCAGAACCUGAGGAGCAGACUGACUCUGAUCCAGAGUCAGAACCAGCCCUACAGCUGAGACCCAGCAUGUUCCUGCCUCUGAUUCUGCUCAGAUGUAACAUAUUAGGUCCAAAUCUGCAUCACCCUGGAGCUGUUUCUUCAGCAGCUCACCAGCAGUUUGUAGGGGAGCCGGUCCAGAGCGAAACUGAUCCUGAGGUGAUCAGAUGUAUUUCACAAUUGGAUCUGAAAGAACUGAUCAUCCUCAGAUCAGCUAAAGAACUACAGAUCUAAAAGCUGGAGAAAUGUGAGCACUGAUUUUACUAAGGUUCCCCCACUGAACUUCUUAAAUUAUCUACUUAUACUUUUGUAUUUUUAUACUUUUUAUUUUUAUUUUUACCCAUUCAAACUGACUGCAAAAGAGAAAAAAAGAGUCCUUUACAAAAUGUUGAACAAUUGCUGUAACAAAAUAAAUUUUACACCACUUUAUUUACCUCGUGUAAUUCUGUUUUAGACCAGCAGGUGUCUCUCUUUCUUACAGAACAUUUUAAAAUUGAACCUGUCUCCAGGUGUUUCCUGGAGAAACAAUAACGUUUCAGUUUUCAGUCUGAAAUGUUCUUCUUCAUGGGAUCUUGGAGAAGUUUUUUAGAGAAAUGUUUUGAGUCUGAUGUGCGCAGUAACUAGUUACAUUUAUCUGAGUAACUUUUAGGACAACUUUUUGUUCUGCAAGUGGUUAUGUACCAUUUUUUAAACUUUUACUUGAGUUGUCACUAUACUACCUUAUCCAGUUCUAAUAUUAUAAAUAAUAAAACAACUACUUUAAGUUUUGGUUUCAGACAUUUUAUAUAGGUUUUAUAUUGGGUUUUUUUUGUCUAAGUUUGUUUUUGUAACUAAGUUAUGUUUCCCUUAAGAAUACUCCCCUUUGCAUGUACAUUUUCAAUAUUUGUCUGUCUAAAGACAUCUUUAAAAGAUAUUAAAUUCCACGGUCUGACAAGUUACUCUUUUAAUAAAAUACA